CACGCCUAUAACGCCAAAACCACCCAGCGAGAGAUUUUUCAGAUUUGCAGAGUCUCUCUCUCUAUACAUUUAUUGUGUUUUUAGGGUUUUUGUUUGUUUUCUUUUUGGGGGGGUUUUUAGAGGGGCGAAGAAGAUGAGUGGAGAGAGACUGACAGGGAAGGUCAAGUGGUUCCAUGACCAGAAGGGGUUUGGAUUCAUAACUCCCGACAAUGGUGGUGAAGAUCUCUUUGUUCACCAGUCCUCCAUCCGGUCCGAGGGAUUUCGUAGCCUCGGCGAGAACGAGGAGGUCGAGUUUCAGAUCGAUCACUCUGAUGACGGCCGUACGAAGGCCGUAGAGGUCACCGGUCCCGGCGGCAACCCUGUUCAGGGAUCUCGUGGCGGUGGCGGUGGAGGCGGAGGCGGUGGACGAAGUGGUCGUGGAGGAAGCGGCGGAGGCGGCGGCUAUGGAGGAGGCGGGUAUGGUGGAGGUGGAUACGGAGGCGGCGGCGGUUAUGGAGGUGGCGGUUAUGGUGGCGGUGGUGGUAGUAGAGGAAGGUCCGGUGGUGGUUAUGGAUCUUCUGGCGGUGGCGAUGGUGGCUGUUUUUCUUGUGGUGAAAUGGGUCAUAUGGCUAGAGAUUGUCCACAGGGCGGUGGCGGAGGUGGAGGUGGAGGCAGGUAUAGUGGGGGCGGCGGCGGCGGCGGAGGAGGAAACUGUUACAACUGUGGAGGAUCUGGUCAUUUUGCUAGGGAGUGCCCAAACAGCGGUCGCUAAGCUAGGGCAACGAGUCGAACAUGUAAAAUGGUUUGACAACAUUUUGCAUUGUUCCAUCUUUCCUGGGUGUUUGGGUACUGGUUUAGGGUAUCUGUUUGGCAAAUAGGUUAUGUUGGUUAUCUACUAUGUUGGUUAUUUUAAAGUUUCAGCGUUUUAAGGAUUUGGUGAUUGUGAUGUCAUGUUUUUGUUUGGGUUUAAUGUUAGUAUGAUUAGGGUUAUGAAAUCUGGUCUUGAAUUAGAGUGGCAGGCAGUAGAGAGAAAAUUGGGAAUUAAUGGUGAAAAAAAAAUUACAUGUUGUAAUUGUAGAACUCUCACUGUUUAUGGAAGAUGUGUAUACACAAUUAUUAUAUAAUUAAAUAUACAUGCUGCUGGUUUGGUUGGGUCCA